CCCCUGGGAAGCUUAUGCAGUGCGUAUCGUGUAGCAGCGGGAAACAUAUAUAACGCCACAGGUCCCUCCCGGACAGCAGUUUAGAUUCAGCGGAGAAAUGAAGGGCCACAUUUUACUGUUGGGAAUUGCGGUGUUCGCUCUCGGUGUAGUUUCCGCUCUAGAGAAUGGUUUGGCGCGGAAACCUCCAAUGGGUUGGAUGACCUGGCAGCGGUUCCGGUGUAUCACAGACUGUAACAAAUAUCCCGAUGAGUGUAUAAGCGAAGCGUUGAUCAAACGAAUGGCGGAUUUGAUGGUGUCGGAGGGAUACCUGGACGCUGGGUACGAUUACGUGAACAUUGACGAUUGCUGGUCAAUGAUGGAGCGUGAUGCCGAUGGCGUCUUGUGGCCGAAUCCAGAACGUUUCCCGAACGGAAUGAAACAUUUGGCUGAUUAUGUUCAUUCGAAAGGAUUGAAGUUCGGCAUUUAUCAAGACAUUGGCACAAACACGUGCGCUGGUUACCCGGGAAUGAGAGAUUUUUAUGAAAUCGACGCCAAAACAUUCGCCGAGUGGGAAGUGGACUUUAUUAAAGUCGAUGGAUGUUAUGCGGAUGCGGUGAAAAUGGUUGAGGAUUACGUUUUGCUUGGAGAGAUUAUGAAUAAAACCGGAAGGCCAAUACUGUAUUCGUGCAGUUGGCCAGCGUAUCAAGAGGAGGAAGAUAUCAUUCCGGACUAUGAAACUCUGAAGAAAACAUGCAACAUGUGGCGCAACUGGGAUGAUAUCGAGGAUUCGCACAGUUCAGUGGAAAGAAUUACUAAAUACUUCUCCGAUAACCAAUAUCGCAUCCAGCCUCAUUCUGGUCCAGGACACUGGAAUGAUCCGGACACGCUAAUCCUAGGGAACUACGGUCUCAGCUACGAGCAGAGUAAGUCGCAGUUGGCUGUUUGGACAGUUUUAGCCGCCCCAUUGCUUUUAUCGAACGAUUUGGCCACUGUGACUCCGGAAAUCAAGGAACUUCUAUUGAACAGAGAAAUCAUUGCAGUCGAUCAAGAUCCCAUGGGUAUUCAGGGUCGUUACGUGCAAACCAUUAGAAAUAUCGAGAUCUGGAAGCGACCGAUUUUACCGAAGGUGAAAGAAGUCUACACUCAUGCGAUAGCCUUCGUGAGUCGCCGAGCUGAUGGAGCACCAUACGCGAUUGAAGUGAAUCUUGUCGAAGAUCUUGGACUGAGGAUCAACAGCUCAAUUAAGGGAUACAAAGUUUAUGAUCUGUUCCAAACUGAUCGUAAGCCAGUUUUCGUCCGUGCAAAUGGUACAUUCGAAACCCGAGUCAAUCCGACGGGUGCUAACUUUUAUCGAUUUGUGCCAGUGGUGAGAAACACCCGAUAUGGUAAACAUGGGUCGAGUGCUGGAAAUUCGGUUUAAAUGAUAUACAAACUUUCAUAUGUACAUAAAAUAACAACUAAAUGUAUUAUGAGAUGUUAAUAAUAUCGUAAAUAUCGUUAAAUAAAUCGUGAAUGUGGCUCACGAUCAAACUAAAAA